AUGCCCGAACGUAUGCAUGCCCCGAUGAUGACUACGGGGUUCUGCCCUGCACCUGACACAGCUACCGCCCCCACACCUGCAGCGCUUCUAAACACGCUCGCCGGGCCUCAGGUAGACAACAUAGGCGGUAACGCCACUACUCGGGACAACGCAAUGAUGGGCUGCGACACGGGGGACGUCCUCACGCACGGGACGCCAGAGGCCCUCCAGGGAGCCGCACUUGAACGCCUGUUCAUUAAGUGCCUUCCGGCGCAAGUCUAUCCCUGGAUCUAUGCACCGAGGACGGACACCCUGCUCCACGAGGACGGGUGUGAUGGUUGCGAUUGGUACGAAGGCCAUCUCAAGUGUGCACGAUUCUACAACAUCCCCUCCUUCGUACAAGCAGAGGUCAAACGGCGCUCCAUGUGCUGCACCAAAUCCUAUCAAGAUGGCCGUGCAGAUGGCAUGGCCGAGCUCCACACGUAUGUGACGCCCCCACUCUGCGACGUUGAAGAGUCCUUGCGAGCCAAGAUCCACCGCCUGGAGGCGUCGGAGCGUGAUCUACGCUCCCUGCUUGCCAAGCUGAAGCCGGUACUGCCAGGCCAUGCGGUGGGACUGCUCGAGGAGUACGAUACCGACCCAGGUGUCAAGAUUGGCGUCGACGCGGCCCUCGCAGCGCGGGAUCCGACCGCGGAGCUUGCGGACCUCUACUACGACAUUCUCAACGAACACCGCACCAACAAGCGAGGCGCAGCGUCGCGCGAUCUGGCAGCACAGUGCAGCGUGAUCAAGGACAUCCUCAACGCAAACGCGCCGCGGUCUGACUCUAGAAUGGAGCCCCGUACGGGAGACCUCCUGCCGCCACCGCAUUCGGAACCACAGGAGAUGGUGUCCAAGGCGCCGGACGUGCCAUCUGGUCCACGACCGCUCCCCGAGGAAGAUGUCGAGAUGGCCGAAGCGCACCACGACCGCGCUGUGUCUCAACCGGCGCGGCCCACUCGGAAGCAACCAUCAAAGCUGAGCAAACAGGAGCAGGUGCUCGAUGAAAUUAUCGAUCACUACGACGCAGCGCACGAAGAACCCCAACACGGUCGCACCCCGGUGCCGCGCAUGCAAGCCACUCCCCUGCAGACCCACGCACCCCCGCCGCGCAGCCGCACGCCCCCGCCGCGCAGCCGCACGCCCCCACCGCGCGCUCGUACGCCACCUGUGGUUACCACUUUGUUAACAAUAUUCCCCAGGCUUGUUAAAAACCCCUGCUGCGCAGCAUUCAGGUGGAUAUAUUGGGCUGGAAUGAGUGGUCAAUAG